CGUUCACUCACGCGAGGCACAACUCUCGCGGCCGCAUUAAACUAAUUGGAAACCCUUCUUCCUUCCUAAAACUCAAAAUACUGACAGCUAUAAAUUUUAAUGUACCUUUCCACUUUCCUUUCUAAAAUUAAUAAAUUCGAUCCGUCCGUUUUUCUCCAGCUGCCACUCCAGCUCCAUCGGCAGCUAGCACGCAGAUCAAGCAACGCCAUGCAUCGGCAAUCCCUCGGAUCUCCUGGCCCCAAGCUCCUCGUCUCCGGCAUGGACGACCAGCGCAAAAGCCUCGGUGGACAUCCUCACGAACCCUCGAUGGAGGCGGUGGAGGAUAAGGCGAUCCGGACCAGUUCGAGGGCGGAACGCUCCAUUCACUUGAUUCCCAUCUGCACUAUCCUCUGCAUCCUCGUCCUCUACCUCCUCUCCCACGAUCCCCAAAGUUCGCUUAUCCAAGAUCUGAAAGCGAUAAAUGGCUGGGGCUUGCGAUCCGACCCCGCCGUGGUGGCGGAGAAGGGCGUCACUCGAUCGGCGACGCAACAGAGCCGACGACGUAGACUGAAAGCGGCGAGGAAGAUGGGCGUUGCACGUGACGACUGGGCGGAGCCAGAACUGCUCGUGUUGGAGAACUAGCUCGCGGUUGAUUAGGGAGCGUGGGUUGCAAAAUUCGUUUCUGUUCUUUCUUCCUUAAAAAAAAAUCGGUGCGUGUUUAUUCAUGGAAUAUGGAAGACUAUGUACGGAGGUGGAUCCGAUCAAAGUUUCUUUUAUUUCUUAUUAAUUUUAUCAAAGUUUCAUACAGGAUUUCUAUAAAAAAAAAAAAAAGGAUGAGGUCAAUAA